AUGGCUGACCUCGGCUUGCACGAUCUCUUCAACGUCAAUGACAUGGUCUUCGUAAUCACCGGCGGCGGCAGCGGCCUCGGCGAAUGGAUGGCCCUCGCCCUCGACCGCAAUGGCGCCUCCAAAGUCAACGGGAACGUGAUCCCGGUCCAGUGUGACGUCGCCAAAAAAGAGGACCUCAAAGCCGCCGCAGCCACCAUCGCUACCCAAACCCCCUUCGUCAACGCCGUGGUCGCAAACGCCGGCCUCAUCGGCCCCGUGACGUCUCUCCCGCCCCGCGCAGCAGACGCCUCAAUUGCCUCGAUUCAAGCCGAAUUCUGGGCGCUCCCUGAAGAGGCGAACCAGAAAACCAUGGACGUCAACGUCAUGGGCGUGUUCCACACCUUUGUUGCCUUCCUCUCGCUGCUCGACGCGGGGAACACGCACGAGGCCAGCCGCGGCCGCAGGGAUUUCAUCCAGAGCCAGUUCAUUACGGUGAGCAGUAUGGCGGGAUUGUCGCGCGGCGAGGAUGUGAGCUAUUUGUAUGGCGCGGGGAAGGCGGCGGUGGUGGCGUUGACGAAGAAGUUGAGCACAGGGUUCGCCAAGAUGGGCAUCAGGGUUAAUUCGAUUGCGCCGGGGUUCUAUAUCACGGAGAUGACGGAGUUUGCUUCGAAUGGGGAGGAUUGGAGUGUACCGGGCAGUCUGCCGAAAGACACGCAUGCGAUGACAAGGAGCGGGAGUGCACAGGACAUCGCUGGGGCUAUCUUGUUCCUCACGUCGAAGGCGGGCGCAUAUGUGAAUGGGAAUGUGCUUCUGUCGGAUGGAGGCCAGUUUGGGCAGGGCCCGAUGAUGUACUAG